UAGAUUGACUUGAUAGAAUGCUCAGGCAACGAAACUAGUUUCAUAGUUGGUGCCACAGCGGCAUAUGGGGCGCUUUGUUGGACGCCUGCUGGCAGCCUGCUGCUUUGUUCAUAAGGAGCGAGAAGCAGAUGAGGGGCAGGCUGCCGGCAGAACAGCGCUAUUAUCUUCAAACUUGGUUAACCCGACCCCCCAAGCUGCGCCAGCUAGCCCGCUUGGACAGUGGGAGCAUAUAUUCAACAAAGCGGAUGUUGUGGACUAUGGAGCUCGCUUGGACGCAGGGCCGGGACAGGACGAAGUCGAGGCCCUUUUCCAUAGCGAAGACCCUGUUGUGCUGCUUGAAUUUACUGCCCUGUCACGCGCCGAGCCGCACGAGCCGGCAUUGGGCCCUCUCCAGCUCGAUAUCAACCUGGAGAGCUUGCUGUCGCAUGCCCACGGCUUCAGUGGCGACCCGGAGGCUGCCAUGCUUGCAGCAGACCUUGCGGCAACAUACGGUCGGCCGGACGCUUACGUAAGGCUCACAGCCCGCUCCGCCAACGGCCCGCUGCGCUCACUGCUGCGGUGCGCCUCCCCUGCCGACUACGAGCACCUGCUUGCGGAGCUGCUGGAAGCUGACCCCCUCCUGACCGCCGCACUCAAAGACUGCUGCCUGGCGCUGAUAGAGGGCGUGCUUGCGGGCGCGCCGGCGCCGCCACUAUCCGCGCCACAGCUGCUGCUGCCGGCGGCGGCGCCGCCAUCCGCUGCCGUCAACUUUUUCGGCGGCGGCGGCGGCGGGAGUGCGUUUGGGUCGGUGCUGACAGCAGCGGGUAGCACGUAUGCCGGUGGUGGUGGCGGCGGCGGUGUGUCGGGAAUGCUUGCGAGCGGCGGGGUGGGGGAUGUCACGCCCACGGCAAAACGCGCAGCAACAGGAGCAGCAGGCGCGAGCACACACCUGCACCCCUUGCUCGUACAGCACCCCCUGCCGCACACGCCGUCGCGGGUGCUGCUGCCGCUCACGCUGCGGCCGCUGGUUAUUCGGCACCACCACACCGCCUCCGCCCCCGCCUCCGCACCCGCGACCCCGCAAGCCGCGGCCGCCGCCGCCGCCGCCGCCGCCGGCAUGGCCUCGCAGCAGCAGCUGCUGCAGCCGUGGCUGCAGCCACGGCCGCGGGUGGCGGCGGCGGUGCUGGUGCGCUACAGCCUGUCCCGCGGCGUGUCGGGCAUGCAUCAGCAAGUCGCCAAGGUGCUAGCCGCCAUGUCGGGCCUGCCGUCGGCGGUCACACUUCUGUCGGGCUGCGGCCGCGCCGUACUGCUGCAGAACCAACGGUCGCUGGAGUACAUGGGGCUGCGGCAGGGCCAACCGCCGCACCCCGUGCCGUACGGCCCCAACGACCCGGUGCAGCUGCAGCAGCAGUUGCAGCUACAGCCGCCGCCGCUGGCGCUACUGCGGCCGCUGGCGCCGGUGCUGCCUGGCGGCGGCGGCGCCGCCAUGGUCUCGGCGGGCAGCAUCACGCUGGGCCGCCAGGGAGGGUCGCCGUUCGCGGCGGCGAGCGGCGCGGCAGUGGCAGCGGCUAGCAGCGGCCCUUGCGGUGGUGGUGGCGGCGGCGGCGGCGGCAGCGGCGCUGUCGUCAUUGGACUGGCAAGGUCGGCGACGGGCUCGGCCGCGGUUUCACCUCGCGCGCCCGGCGCCGGGAACGCGCGCUUGGUAGUCGAACAUGACGAGGCGAUGGGCGGUGCGGCGGGAGGUGUCUUAGGCUGCGCGGACGUGUCGCCAGGAGCACUGGGCCUGUCAGCGGGAUUCAGGAGCGGCCUCAAUAAUCCGGGCGCCGGCGGCGCUGCCGCCGGUACGGAUACCGGCAGCGCUGGCGCGGGCGCAGGUAUGGGCGGCGGCGGCGGCGGCGGCGGCUUUUCCGGCGGCCGCAGUGCCUACGGCAGUAGCUCCGUAACCACGCCGCAGCUGACGCUGUGCGGCGCCUCCGUCGCGCCCCCGGCCGCCACUGCAUCCGCCGCUACUGCCGGUACCGCGGCGGCGGCGGCCCUGGCGGCUGGCUCGCGGGCCAGCGUUGCCUCCCGGCUGGGCUCCGCAUACGGCAGCCACGGCGGCUACCCGACCGGCAGCCUGCUUGCGGCCGCGUUGCACACCGCCACCGCCACUAACACCACCCCUCGCGCCAGCAACAAGAUCGUGCGAGUCAGCGCCACAGGCCUCGGGCUGCUCAGCGGCGCUGGCGGUGCCGCCGCCAAUGGCGGCGGUGCGGCUGUAGGCGGCGGCGGCGGCGGCGCUGGCUACGUCGUCGGCGGCGUGCUUGUUGAGCUCUUCACUCUGUGCCCGCAGCAGCUGACGGAGGUCCGUCGGGAGCUGGCGGCGGGGCGGACUUGGAAGGGCAUUGUGCGCGUGCCGCCGCUGCUGGCACGUUCAGUGGCGGCGGCGGCGGCCGCGGCGGCGCAGGAGGCCGCCGAAGCGGCGGCGGCGGUGGCGGUGGCGGCGACGGCGGCGGCCGCGACGGCUUCGGUUGACUAUUUCGGACUGGAGCUGGGACUCGGCCUGGCGGCGCCGCUGCCUGGGCUGCAGAUGAGGGGCGGCGGCGGCGGCGGCGCUGCCAGCGGCGCCGCCGCCGGCGUCACUGCCGUACCAAGCGGUGGCGGCGGGACGCUGGAGUUAGCGGCCAGUACCACGUGGGACCGGCUGGUGCCUCUUCAGGCCACAACCUCCAACGUUACGGAGAUGGAGGCCGCCGCGGCGGCCGCUGCGGCGGGUGAUGAGGGCCGCACCAGCGGCGCCGCCAGCGGGCUCGGCGGCGGGUGGCGGCGGAGCAGCCGGGCGGGGGCUACAUUACCUAUGGGGUCCAUGGCUCAUCAACUGGACGUGCUGGGUUUCGCCGACCUGUCCGGCAGCACGCACCGCCGACGGUCACGGCAGCUGGCCUCCUCACCAUCACAGCCACCGCCACCGCAGCCGCAGCCGCCAUCGCGUCAGCCAAACGGCCAGCAGAGCCCGAGCCAGCGUCCACAACCGCUCAGCCCAUCACAGGCGCCCGCGCAGGCGCACACGGCGCUACAGGCGAUGGCACAGCGCCGCCCGCGCUCUUCCUUGGGCCUACGGCCUGCGACGUCCGACACCGGCCGCGCCCUGGUCGAGCGCUCGGCGCACUCCAUCUUCUCCGGCCUGCUCAGCCGCGCUGGACUAGGAGGCGGAGGGGCAGCAGGCAGCACACAGGCGGCGGCGCAGCUGCCGCUGCAGCCGGCCCCCGCCCAGGGCGCGUUGACCGCUCAGCCGGCCUUAAUGACGCUUUCGCUGUCACAGCGGCAGCUGCUGGCCGGCGGCGGCACCAGUAGCGCUGCUGGUGGCGGCGGCGGCGGCGGUGGCGCUGCUGGCGGCGGCGGGGGCGGCGGCGGCGCUGCUGGCGGCGGCGGCGGCGGCGGCGGCGGCGGGCUCAACAGCCAGCCGUCCAUGCCGGCGCUGCCGGAGGCAACGGUAUUCGUUGCGAGGCGCGGCACCAACGACACAACGGUCAGCGAGUCUGAAAACACGUACGAAGAGGCUUUGGGACUGGCGGCACAAAUGGCCUCGGCGGCGGCGGUUGGAGUACACGACGGCCACCGCAGCAGCAGCGGCGUGCGGGCGCCUGGCGGCGGCGGUGGCCCCAACAGCGGCUUCACCACGUUUCAGGUUGGCGGUUUUGUCCCAAUCAACGUUGACGAUGGCAGCAUCGGCGCCCUCGGCGGCGCCGCCAUCGGCUCCAUUGCUGGCAGCGUGGGUCGCGGCGCUCUCACUUCUCUCUGGAAUGUUUCGUACGUGGAUUCGACCCUCGCGGCGGCCUUUGCUUCGGUGCCGGCUCCGGCGUCGACGCCGGUGGACGGCACCGUGGCAACAUUGCGUGACGCCGCCACCGCCGCCGCCGCGGCGGCGCGCUCCCUUGCGAACCGGCGCGGCUCCAUGCCCGCCCGGCCCGUCGCCUCAAAUGAUGUUACAGAGGCCGUCCCAGGUCUUGGCGCGGGUGUGGGCGGCCUGGACAACGCGCCGGCCGGCACCAGCACCGCCGCCAACAUCGGUCACCGGCGAGCCCAGGCAAGCUUCGAUACAUACGCCUCCGCGCCAGUCCGCGGCGGUUAUGGCUAUCACGGCCAGCGCAACGCCUACAUUUCGUACAUGGAGGGUGGUGCGGCAGCGGCGGCGGCGGCGGCGGCGGCGGCGGCGGUGGCCGCCGGGGCCACCAGCGCCGGUGGCUGCGCCGCCGGCGGCGGGAGCGGUUUUGCGAGUGGCGUGACGUACGGCGGCCCCAGCAGUACCAGCGCGCUCGGGUACGGCACAUACGGCAUGGAUCCUGCCGCAGCGCAGUACGCGGCCGCCGCGGCUGCUGCGGCGGCGGCGCAGCCGCCGCUGACGCAGCGCGGCCUGAGCGCCAGUGUGCGGCAGUCGAUUGAGAUGCGGCGGGCGGCGCUGGGGCUGGGCAGGGGUGCGCGCGGCGGCGACGUCGGUGCGGACCCGCUGUCUACUUCCACAUGGGGUCUGGUGGCGGCGGCGCCCGACGCUGCAGGGACACGCCAUGCCGGAACGCGGCAAGGAAACGUCAAGCGACACACCUCCUUCGGUGCAGCCGUGCGCAAAGCCGGCCAGACCUACCGACUCCCCGCCGCCGCCACCGGCAGCGGCGUCAGCGGCGCCUUUGCCUCCGCCGCCGGCCUGCCCGGCAGCACCACAGCCACCGAACGCGCCUUUAGCGGCGUCGUCAGUGUCACCCUGGGAAGCGCCGGCAUGCACGGCCCCGCGGCCCCCGGCGGCGCCUCUGGCGGCGGCGGCGGCGGCGUCACCAGCAACAGCGUCUACAGCGCCGGCGCCUCGCCGGUCGCCGUCGUGGGCGCCUCCGGCGCCAGCUUUUCAAAACUGUCGGCGCCGGGGCCGGGGCCGGGGCCGGGGUCAGCGCCUGUGGUGCAGCCUCGCGCCGGUGCCGCCGCCACCAGCCGGACACGCGAGUUGCUGGGUUCUCCUGACGCGCACGCUCUCUCCGGUGCGGCAGGCGGGUUUCGUUCUGGCGGCAGCGGUGUGCGCUCCAUCCCUAGCGGAGGCGCCGUCCGCAGCGCCGGCGGUGCCGCCGCCGCAGGCGCCGCCAGCGCUGCUGCGAAUCCGACGAGCCUCACUACUGCCGCAAGCGACGUGGCAGGCGGCAGCAUCCGAAGCGGCGGGCUGGGGGGCGGCGGCGCAGGCAGCGGCGCAGGCGGCCUUCCCAGCGGGUUGGCGGGGAGUGGGCCCGUGGUCGGCGGCUUCGUAGGCGACGGCACGUCCAUGGCUCUCCAAUCCGGUUUGUACGGCACAACCUCCCUCUCCCGCUUGACCACACCUGGCCAGCUGGCGUCGUUGACACAGCUUUCGUCGUCCGUGCGGACGGACGGCCUGGGCGCGGCCCUGGACAGCGGCCCCUCCGGCACGGCGCCGGCGGCAGCCGCUGCACUGGCGCUGACGCCGCCGGUGCUGACGGCAGCUGCAGGCAUCGCUCCCGCCCCCGCCCCGCCCUUGGGGACUGCUGUGGGUGCGGGGACUGACGCGGGUGCGGGGACCUCAGGCGAACCCGCGGGCGAGGCAGCACCCGCGGGCGCCACCGUCAGCGUGGCCGUCGGCACUACUGGCAGCCCAACGGCCUCGACUGCGGCUGCCGCGUCGGCUGCAUUGGCGUCGGCAUCGGCGUUGGCGAUGGCCGCCGCGACGCCCGAGGUUUGGAAGGCGGCGGCGGAUGUGGGCACGCCGACGCCGACGCCACGGAGCGCUGCUGUUGCUUCUGUGGAGGCCGCGCAUCCCUUGGAGGCCACGGCGUUGCGUGGGGCGCCAGGGGCGGCGCUGAUCAGCACUGGGGGCCGGCCGUCGUCCUCCCUGCUGGGCUCCCUGGCUGAGGUCAGCGUGGCGCUGCUUGCCGCAGGCAGCGCAGGCAGCGGACGCAGCGGCGGUGUGGGUGCUGGAGGCGCUCCGUUGGGUGCGGGCGGCGCUGGCGGGGGAGAGGAAGAUGCAGACGCGGGGUCACCUGCUGCCGGCGCCAGCACGCUCGCGCAGUUCACGACCGGCCCGUUUGCGCAGGCGCCGUCAGCUGCGGCGGCGGCUGCGGCAGCGGCGGUGCUGGUGGAGGGAGGCACAAGUGCAGCUGCGAUGCCGGCGACUGCCGGAGGCCGCCUGGCCCUGCUUGCGCAGCAGACCCACACUCAGUCGCCGCAGCCGCCGCAGCCGUCGCAACCGCAGCCGCAGCAGCUGCGCGGCGGAUCGCUGCAGCUGCAGCAACAACGGACCCAGAGCCAAAUCCAGGCGCCGUUGAACGCGUCGGCGGCGCGGCUUGCGUCGGCGUCGGCGUUAACGCUGCAACGGGCGCGCGGCAGUAUGGGCAGUCGCGAGUACUGCGGUACGAACGAUGUGGCCAGUACGGGCAUGACUACAAUGUACGGCAGGGAUUCGUUCGGCGAGGGUACGGCACUGACGGUUGGCCGUACGUCCGGCACGGCUGGAUCCAGCAUCCUCACGGCUACAGGCCUGGGCGCGCAUGUGAGCAUGGGAAGUCAGCCCAGUCACCCUCAGACCGGCGUUAACAAUGCCGGUGGCAGCAGCGGCUUUGUCAGUGGCUUGCAGGGCACGGCGGCAAGCGGCGUAAGCAUAGGCAGCGGCGUGGGCAGCGGCGUGGGCUUGGGCCUGGGCCUGGGUAUGGGUGGGGUUGUGGCUGCUGGCGGCUUCAGCCGUCUGUCGACGGGCUCGCCAGCUGCGGUCAGCUUCAUGAGCGGUGCCGGCGGCGGCGCCAGCUCGCAGGCUGCGAGUCGUAGCCGGCUGAUGGAAGUGGCGACGGCGGCGCUGGCGUUGCCUACGGCGGCGGGCACGCCUGGCGGUGUGGGCAGCUCCGCCGGCGCCGGCGGCCCCCAGCGUCCGGGCAGCCUGCUAGGAAGUCCACGGGCACACUCCGGAACCAGGGGUGUCACUAGCGGCAUUCGGCAAGGGUCGAUGAAGCACUUCAGCCAGGUGCUGCUGCGUGCUGCCGCCUCCGCGCUCGCCAGCGGCGGCGGCGGCGGCGGCGGCGGCGGUGGCGGUAGCACUGGCGGAGGUGGCAGCGGAAGCAACAGCUGCAGUGCGUCUGCUUUGGGCAGUGGCGCCGGCGGCGGCGCCGGUGCCGUCGGCAGUGGCGGCGGCGUUGGUGGCGAAGGCGCCGCUGGUGACGCCGCCAGUCCGCUCGUGCUUGCGGGGGAGCUGGGCACGGGCGGGACGACGGCGACCGACGCGGUUGCCAGUGGCGGCGGCGGCGGCGGCAACGCCACUGAGUCGUUCAUCAAGCCCGAGUACGAGGCUGCAGAUGGGCAGCAUGCCAGGUUCCUGGGCUCGGGGGCCCCGCCGCUCCUGCGCGCCCCCACAGGUGGCCGAGCGUUUGGAUCCGCUGCGGUGGUUGCGCUGGAUGCCGCCGCUGCUACUGCCGCUGCUGCUGCCACUGUCGCUGCUACUGCCGCUGCUGCUGCUCCUCCCGCCACUGUCCCCGGCACUGCUACUGCCGGGACUUCCAAUGCGACUGCUACAAACGGCACGGACGCCGGAAGGCAGGCCCGCGAUUCGGUGGCGGCGGCGCACCGUGCCGUUGCACGCUCGCCGCCGGACCAGCAGGGGUCCCAACGUGGCGGUGGGCCUCUGUACUGCGCCCCCCACUCCGUUGACGAGGACGCGGGCGUGUCGGCCGCAGCCGCCUCCGCGCCCGUGACCAUCGCCACACCUGCUACAGCCGCGCCCACGGUCGCGCCGGCUGCGGCCAUUGCUGCAGCCAAGCCCUUUUCGGGGGUUGCCGUGUCGGUGGCUGAGCAGACACGUGCGCACGCGCAGCAGCAGCCGCAGCACCCGCAACAGCAGCAGCUCCAGCAGCUCCAGCGGCAGGCGCCGCAAUCAGCGGCUCAGCACACGCAGCAGCACCGGGCGCUCAUCACGGAUCGUGAUCAGGGUGAAGACAUGGACAGCGAUGAAGACGACGACGACCAGGAUGGCGGCGGCGGCGGCGGCGGCGGCGGCGGCAGUUGCUGGCACGAGGUCACGAUCACGCCCAUCGCCGAUCCGUCGGCGGUUGCGGCCGUUACAGCGGCGGCGGCGGCGGCUGGCGGCGGCGGUGGCGGCGGCGGUUAUAACGCGGAAGCGGCGGCGCUGACGUGCCCCGGUGGGGCGGGCGCCUCUGGAAUGAUGCUGUUGGUGAUGCAGACGGACGUGACGGACCGGGUGCGCGCGGAGCGGGCCAUAGCCAAGGUGCUGGAGGCCGAGCACCAACUGCUGGAGAACAUCUUCCCCAGGCACGUUCUGGAGUUGGCGGCGGCGUCGGCGCGCAACAAGGGCGGCGCUGGCGCCGGCGACAAGCGGCGUCAGCGCUACGCACUGGCUCAGCUGCCCAUGGCCGGCAACCUCGCAAGCAUCGCCACCUACCACCCCAUGGUCACGAUUGUGUUUGCCGACAUCAAGGGCUUCACCAACAUGUGCCACGAGGUGCCCGCCACCUCGGUCAUGGCCUUCCUCAACUCCCUCUACUCGCGACUGGACACGCUGCUGGACGUGUACGGCGUGUACAAGGUGGAAACCAUCGGCGACUGCUACAUGGUGGCGGGGGGGCUGAUGGCACGCGAUGCGGAGGGCUUCAUGAAUGUGCGAGCGAGCGACAGCAUUGACGAGCUGCACGCCUUCAAGGCCAUGGCCUUUGCCAAGGCCAUGCUGCGUGAGGCCGCGGGCGUGUUGCUGCCCACCAGCGGCGAGCCGGUGGAGAUGCGCAUCGGGCUGCACAGCGGCCCCGUCAUGAGCGGCAUCGUGGGCAGCAAGAUGCCGCGGUUCUGCCUGUUCGGAGACACGGUGAACACGGCCAGCCGCAUGGAGUCCACCUGCCCGCCCGGCUGUGUGCACGCCAGCGCCGCCACGCGCGCCUACCUGCAAGACGAGGAGUGGGAGCCCACCGGGGGCGUGGAGGUCAAGGGAAUUGGAAUGAUGCAAACCUUCAAGUGGAGAGACGCCGGCGGCGGCGGCUUUGGCCAGGCGCCGGGACUGGGCCAUGGCGGCGGUUGCGGCGGCGGCGGCGGCAGCGGCGACAAGUCCCGUGUUGGCGGCGGUGGCGGCGUGCCAGGCACCCCUGGCGGCCGCACGCGCCGCGCCAGCGCCGUUGACCUUCCGGGUGGCGGCGCCGCCGGCAACAGCAGCUUCAGCGCAGGCAGCGUGCCAACCGCCAGCACGCUAGCGCAGCUGUCCGGCGGUUAUAACGGCGGCGGCGGCGGCGGUGGUGGUGGUGGUCACAACGGCGGCGGGGCGGGAUCCGGUGUCGUAUCGUCGCCGAUUACGCUGGCGUGCGGCAGUGCCGCCGGUGGCGGCGGCGGCGGAGGCGGCGGCGGCCAGGGUGGCGGCGGCGGUGGGUCGCGUGCGAUCACGAGUGGGUCGCUGCGGCGUGGCGUGUCUAGUUCCUGGGGUGUUACCACGAGCAUGGGUAUGUCGGGUAACGGAAUGUCGGUUGCCUCCCCGCGAGCAAUAACCGUGACUGCCGGCGGCCCAGCCAGCGGCGCCGCCAGUGGAGCUGCCAGCGGCAUCGACGGCGGUGCUGGCACUGGCGGCGGCGUUGGCACUGUUGGCGUCGGCGGCGGCGGCGGCGCGAGCGGUGCGCCCAGUGCGGGCGUGCGUGACGCGCCGAGGAGCGGGCUUGCAGCCGCGCAACACCAGCUGCUGCUGCAGCAGCAAGCGGCGGUGUCUGCUGCUGCCUCCCUGUCAACGCCGGCGACGACGCGCGCGGCGAGCAGCGGCGUUCAAAAGGGCGCGCUGCUAGACGCUGCCCUAGCGGCGGAGCUCGGCGCCGCCGCCGCCGCCGCUGCCGCCGCCGGCGCGCCGCCGCGCGUGCCGCGGCCAGAAGCCACCGCAACAGCAGUGGCAGGGACCACCGCCGCAUCCGCCGCAUCCGCCGCACCCGCCGCCGAGUCUCCUGCCGGCGUCGUCGAUGUGGCCGUGCCGCUGCCUCCUCCGGGCCGUUUGUCGAUCGGCGCGCAAGCUGCCGGUGAUAACAAUGCCGUAGCUGAUGAGGCCGCGGCUGCGACGGCGGCGGGACAACGCCGUCAGCAGGAACAGCCGCUGAGUGCCGUGGUCGUGACGUCGGCGCGUUACGACCUGCGAGGCACCAGCUUCCGCGGCCCGCCUGGCGGCGGCGGCGGAGCGCGCGAUGGCAGUGGCGGCGGCGGGCUGCCGACGCCGCGGCGGCCGCCGAAGCGCGCCCUGACCGUGGCAGUGCUGCAGCAGGCGGCGGCGGCUGCCGCUGCGGCGGCGGCGGCGGCGGCUUGCAACCGCAGCGCUUUGGGCGUGCCUGCCAUCACCACCACCACCACUGCUUCGGCCGCCACCUCUGCUGCCACUGCUGUGGCUACCGUUGUUGCCGUUGCUGCGGAGGCGCCUGUGGCCGCUGCUGAUGCUACAGCCGACGGCGGCAAUAGCGGCGGCCGCGGCAGUAGCUGUGGCUUGGCGCACGGCGGGGGCGACAGCAGUACCGGUAGUGCAGUCCCCAAGCCAUAGAUAUCUUGGAAGUUGGGGCGAGCGGUCGGGCUUGCCCCUUUCCCUGUCACAACGAUAGGGUACGGUUCGCUUUCCUAUAUGCUGGCUGGUUCGCUGUUUGCGAGCUGCGGGCAUGGAUGCGCCACCGGUGCGGGGAGGAGCGAGACACCCCGGCGUGCACUCCCGUGUGGCCCUGGGACAGGCGCUUCCUGACACUUCUGUACGGGUUGCAUCGGAGGGCGGCGUGCAUGAACUGUGCAUGGAUGCGUGCAAAUGGAUUCGUUGAACAAGGCCGACGAUGGGCAAUCAUGGAUUACAAGCAUGCUUGCGGAUUUUUAGCAGUGUAGCAUUGCAUUGAUUGCAUCGUUGCUGGUGUGACGGCCCUUCAUCUCAGUAUUGGUUGCACUGGUACUCAGAGGAUGUGCUCCCAGCGUAAGUGAUCAACUUAAGAAAUGGCGCAUUCUGCAAUGCGGUUGAAACUACACUCUGGCUUGUCGUUGUCGGGUGGCGUUUUGUUGAUACCCGUUGGCCUUUCACCAGCGGUGCCACCGCAUCAGGUCAAAGGUGGUGUGCGUGAGCAUUUGAUCUCUCUUGGCCGCAUGCAUCGAAGGCGAGGCAGCUGUAUGGGCGGCUGGGGAUGGCUGUUUGCAUUUUGACGAGCAGGCAAAUGUACGUGUAUGGGUUGGGCGUCUGCCGAUGGGGGAUGUGUGAUUUGCGCGCGAGUGACGUGACAACAUGCGCACGCUGUUCGCUGUGACCGCAUGUAUGGUGUGGCGGUCGCUUGGCGACCUACCUGGAAUGUCACUGCAUUGUGUCUUGUACUUGCGCCGGCAGCAACGCCAGCACGACCAUGGACGCCUAGCCAUUGAGGAGGCAAUAAUGCGAUUACAGCGUGUAUCCUCAAGCACCUAGAUGGCUGCUCGCAUUGCUUGGUGGCCGCGCCUCGAUACUUGCGCGUGUGCCGGCAAGAAAGCAACUGGGUGGAUGUCAACGCGUGUGAUAUGUGCGCGUGCGGGUCCCGGGCGAGUCCUGCCCCGUGGGGGCCCGGCAAAGUGCAUAGGAGUUGCAUGGGAGCUAGGGGCCUGGGCGUGAGCGGCCGGGUGUCAGGAUGGGAGCGGCGGGGUUGCGGCGUAAACGUGAGCAUGCAGGUUCAUGUGAGCUCAGAGGAAUCAAAACAGUUCAACGGCUGCCAUUACAAACUCAAGGCUUGAUAUAUAGAGACGUUCAAAUACCCCUCUGCUACCUUUCAUCAAAAAGUGGGCACACUCCGUAUGCACAGUUACUCCCUAAUAAGUGCCAGCAUUGGCACAGCAGUACUUCCUUGAUGCAUGCGACCCCGGUAAUUCAUUCGUCUCCAUCAUGUGAACUCCUGCUGCGCGCCUAUCGCGCUGAACUAUGGUGCCAGGUAGCCGUGUGUUCGUUUGAUUCCACUAGGGGGGCAAGCAGCAGUAGAAUGUGCGGCGCUUUCGGCUGUUCGUUGUCGGCAAGAGGAUGUAACCGUUGUAGUCAUCGUAGAUGACAGGGCUGGUCGUGAGGGCUGAACGCAGACCUAACGAGGAAAUGGCUUGGCCGUGCUGGCCGCACCGUAAAAUCCAGAGGGCGGGAUUGGGUGUCGGAACAGUGCUUGGAUGGGAACAUGCGAGCGACGCCGGGAGGUCUUGAUUAAGGAUGUGUCAACGACAGGAGGCUUCGUUGUUGGUGGUGGGUUUGCCCAGCAAGCAGCGUUGUGCAGCGGUUCUGGCGCGCAAUUUUACGGUCGCGUCGUUGCUUGCAUUUCAUGACAGGUGCCAUGUUGCCAUGUUGCGCCGUCCCUCACCUCCCUGUGAUGACGAUGGAACAGCGUCAUGGACCUGGGCCGUGGGGGAGGCGUGAGCAAAUGGAGGAGGCGUCAAGCAUAUUGCACUGUAGACUUACAUGCAUCCCAUGCUGCUAAUUUGAGUACUGCCUAAUUCGGCGUUAUAAAAUGAAUGGCUUGACCGCUUGAGCUUCGACAUUAUUGCGAUGUUCGCUGCGCGGAGUCUAUCUUGUCCUACGUAUCACUGAGUUGGCAAGCAAGAGUGGGUGUGCGAUGGGACAAGGCCAAGGCAGGCGUGCGAGAAUGGCAUGCAGGGUUCAAGGGAGCUGCAUUGGUUGCACGGCUGGGUGCGUGCCCUUGAUUGGAUCAUGUCAGGGUACGGAAGCUGACACGGGCGCUUCACGCUCAUUUGCGCCACGCCUGGCUGGAUGCUAGGGAGUGGGCAGCGGGCAGCGUGUGUAGGCACAAUCUGCGUGGCUCCUGUUCACUCCUACCCUGUUCCUUAGGACAUGCGAUGCAAGGUAAUAGCAAUUGCCAGGUGGGUUGCGUGAUUGGCUUGGGGCUCGGUACAUUUAUUAUUUGUACAACAUACUGUACACCUACCGGCCUCAGCCUGCGGGGUGCAAUGUGGUGACCUGCCAGCACCGGGUCAACGGAACCGGCGCAUGCCCAAGCCACCGAGUGAAGACCAAAAUGACAGCGCAGAAGGCCGGAAGCCUAAGCAAGCAGAGUAGCAGGACAGGCGGGGCAGGGUGGGGCUGUUGAAGCAAGUCUUCAUGAGUUCAUGACGACCCUAGGCAGGCGGACUUACACACUGAUCACAGGCGGCGGACAGACAACAGCAUAACAACAGCGCGGGCACAUAUACGCGACCAU